AUGCGGUAUCAAGCUGUCGAGUCCCCAACUGCCCAGCAAAACUCGCUGCCCGUCGCUCCUCGAAAGCUUCAGAAGUCCGUCGACGCUCGACUCAAUGCACUCGAGCCUCGUUUAUCAUGGUUCUACGUUCGUCUACUGCUGGCUAUGGGCAUGAGCUGGGCGGUUCAAGCGGCGCAACUUGUCCUGCUCGACUUUACGCGAGGACUCGUUGGCAACGACAUCGGAAUGUCGACCCAGGUCCUCGGGGUCUAUGCAGCCAGCAUCUUCAUGGGCUCAAUUGCUGGAGGCCCAAUCUUUGGCCACAUUGCAGACCAAUUUGGACGUCGAAUAGCAAUUAUGAUUGCGAUGGUGUUCUCGCUGGGAGGCCUUGCAGUGUCGGCUCGCGCGAACGCCGGGAACAUGCUGAUUGUCGGUCGCAUUGUCUCUGGUGUUGGCUUUGGUGGACAGCUCGGCUCGACAGUAGUUUUAGCUCAAGAAUUAUCUCCUCGGUCCAUGAGUGGCCGCCUGGUGUCGUUGCUUGACGCUUUCACGGGUGUUGGUGGGUUGUUCGGUGUGGUUUUGGCUUUCGCCGUGGCGUCACGCUUGGAAUGGCGCACAACGUACCUAGCAACGUGUGGACUUGUGCUGUUCGCAGUUGUGCUGCGCUUCAGUGUUCCAGAGUCGCCGCGUUGGCUUGCUAGUGUUGGGCGCACGGACGAGGCUUGUGCUAUUGUGGAAAAGAUCGAGCAUUCGCACGGUAAUACCCAGAAGACGGAGCUCAACUUUUCGUCUACUCUGGAAUCUCCAUCGUCGUCAGUGACCAAGCCUUCGUUCCUCAAACGGCUGAUCCGCACGUCGGCUGUGUGGUUGCUGUGGAUUGCUAUGACCCUGUCAUCCUACACACUGGGCAUCUACAUCCCGACGCUUAUCAGUCUCAGCGGAUACAACUUAUUCGAGAACUGGAGUACGAUUGGAGCGCUGAAAAUCGCUCAAACAGUUGGUUCUGUCGCCGCAGCGAUAGGAUUCGACACUUUCGGAUUUCACCGGUGCUUCGCUGCGUUCGCAACACUGGCAGCUAUUUUCUCGGUUGUGUUGAGCUACGUGACUUGGUCACGUGCGGUGGUCAUUGCCGUCACUUUUGUUGUGACUGCACUACUGUCAGCGUGCUGGAGUUGUGUCCUGGCCUACACUCCAGGACACUUCAACACAACCCAUCGCGGACGAGGAAUCGGGUACGCUGUUGGUGUCAGUCGUAUGGCAGCCGUCGGAGGAAGCUACCUGUACCCUCACAUGUUCAACGUGUGGGUUCUGUCCGUUCCUGGGCUGUGUUGGGUCUCUGGCGGUGCAUUGACAAUAGUCGCGAUGAGUCGCCUGGACAUCGGUAGCUGA